UUACAGAAGUUGAUAGAUGGAAUGUAGACUCCAGAGCCAGCAAAGGGUAUGAGGUUUCAGAUAAAAGCCUUGCGUCAUCUCUUAUCAUACUCUGCAUCUCCACAACACACAGCUCAGAAUUCUUCAGAGCUUGCGUUUCCCGACCAAUGUUCAUAGUGGAACAGGGUUGUCUCCACUCUUUUGUAGUGUCUCAAUCCUCUGCUCCCAUAGUUUUACUUGUUCGAGAUUAGGGUAAUCGGCCAGUCAAAACCCCUCCUAAUCCCCUGUCUCUACCCACAAGAAAGUGAAAGAACACUCACUUUGUCUCCUCAGAUUCCUUUCUUUCCCAUUUUUACAUGUUUCCUGUGGGUCAGUGUUUGUUUCUUUUGUCAGGAUUCUCUUGCCCUGCCUAGAAAAUAAGGAACUUUGAGUACUGCCCCCACAGACAUACCACAUUAAACAGAAGAGCGCAUAAUCUUUCUCAUUCAUGGAUUCCUCCACCUCCAGAAGACACUUCCACUGGACCCAGAAGGUUGGGAGUCAAGAAGAAGACGAUCCAUGUCCACUCCCAUCCCUCAAGCCCUCCUCCGAGCCCGCCGAGCUGGACCCAGAAGAGAUCAAGAAGAAAAAAAACAGAGUCGUCUCUCCAGAGCCCCCACCAACAAGAAGGAAGAUGCCAGCCGUAGCAGUUGCGCGGUUGCGUUCUGUUCUCCGGGUUUUUGCUAAAAGUCGGUCGACCCUUUCACCGUGUCUGGGUUCUCGAGUCAUCGGAACCCUUUUCGGAUCUCGGCGUGGGCAUGUGCAUUUUGCAUUUCAAAGAGACCCCAACUCGGAACCGGCCCUUUUGGUAGAGCUAGCGACGCCUAUUGCUGGGUUGGUAAAAGAAAUGGCAUCUGGGUUAGUCCGAAUCGCGUUGGAAUGUGAUAGAGAGAAAGAAGGGGAAAAGAAAGCAGCGAGGCUGCUAGAAGAGCCUCUCUGGAGGACAUUCUGCAAUGGCAGGAAGAGUGGUUUUGCUACAAAGAAGGAUUGUGGAGCUAAAGAGAUGAAAAUCCUUAAGGCCGUGGAGCCAAUUUCAAUGGGUGCAGGUGUUCUUCCAAGAAGCUAUGAAUCAGAGUCGCCUGAAUCUGAAGCCGGUUCCGAUGAUGAAAUCAUGUACAUGAGAGCCAGAUUCGAGAGAAUUGUGGGUUCUAAAGAUUCGGAAGCUUUCUACAUGGUGAACCCAGAUAGCAAUGGAACUCCUGAACUCAGUAUCUAUCUGCUUAGAGUCUAAUAUUAAGGUGCAGCCAUGGAAGCUCUGGGUCAAGCCUUGAUGGAGCCUAGCUACAUUUCUCCAUAACCUUUAGGUGGGGGGCCAUGAAGGUGUAUAUGUAUAUUUUUUUGUUUAGACCUUUAUAUUUGAUAAGACAAGGUGGGUGUUGGAAUCAAAUGAUUGUGUUUGCAUUUUGG